CCGGGCGUGCGUUUGAAUGGCUCGCUCUAGCAUCGCAUCAACUUUCGUUUAUUUUUUGGAAGUGUCUCGAGUUAUUUGUUUACGCAUUCUUCUUAGAGCCGCGUAAGGCCAUCACUUAGGCACCCGUCGAUUAACACGAUGGCAUCCGACCGCGUGCUCAUCGCGACAUGCGGUCAGAAGUUCGAGGCCUCCCGCGAAGCUCUCCGGCGGUGCUCCCGCUACUUCGAUGCCAUGUUCGCGUCGGGCAUGAAAGAGUCAACGUGCGACGAGAUCGAGAUGCGGGACAUCGAGCCAGAGACCCUGAGGGCGCUCAUUGACGUCUCCGAAGGGCGCCCUGUGGAGGUGUCGAGUGACAACGUCGACCGCCUCUUGAAGGCCGGCUGCGUCUUCCAGUUCGAGCGACUCCGCAAGGAUUGCACUGAGCACCUGCUACACGCUGUUUGUCUUGACAACGCCGUCGAAACGUGGCACAAGGGGGACGCUUUCGGCGUCCGGCAGCUACGUCGAGCCGCCCUGGUCAUGCUCCUCUGGGACUUCGAAAACUUUGUCGGACACGCGACUCUAGCGACCUGCUCCUGCGCUCUGAUCGAGUGUCUACUAUCCAAGGACUCGCUGAACGCUUCCAGCGAAGAAGUCGUGAGGGUGGCGGCGGAGAAGUGGUUGGCGUCCAAUGCGACCUCUUGCAGUAUCGAUGAAGUGAUAGCGGUCGCGUGUUGCGUCAGGCGCGGUCAGCUGAGCGAACAGGCUUCGACGUCGUGGUGCUCCUUCGUCGAGGCACUGCUUGCCGACGAUGACGACUCGUUGGAACGCUGGCGCGAAAUCCUGCGAGAGGGCGAGACGGGGGUGCGACGGCUACCGGUCGUGAGGCCUGGCGUCGUAGUGUCCUGGCUCUGUCGGCAGUCGCCCGAGGUCCCCAACUUGUGCGUCUACGUGCCCACGAGGAGCGACGCGGACGCCUUCUCGUUUCACUCUGCGCUGCCGACGUCUAGUCGACCUGAGCCCCUUCGUGGAUUCGUCGUAUGCUCCGUCGGGAAGGAUGCUUACUUCCUUUGUGGCGAAUACGGAAUUGGAUCUGGCCACUGGAACUGUGUCGUGUAUCGUUGGAACCAUGUCUUGUCGAAGUGGGUCAGUGUUGCCAGCUUGCCGGAACCGAGGAGGCACUGCAAGACGGUUGUCGUGGGAAACUCGAUCCACCUGUAUGGUGGGUUUGGCCGGUUCCGGGUGCGGCUAUCCAGCGUUGACAUCUAUGACACAAGUACUGGCUUGUGGCAUCGGGGAGAAACUCUCCCAGAAGAGGUUGCCGUCAAUGUUGGCGCCGUCGUGAACUUAAACGGCCGAGUGUGCAUCAUUCCAACGUGCCCGGCAGGGAGCAACGAAACAGUCCGCGCGGUGUACUUCUCGUUGGACAAGUUUACCGCGUCGCAGGUCGUCCUCGUUCCGUUCAGCAGUCACAAGACGGUCAUCGUGUGCAAGGGAGCCGACAGCUGGUACACGUUUCACGAGCCUAGGACAUUUUCGGAAUACACGAAUCCGAGGAUAUCGCUGCAGUCCGUCCUCUGCGGCUGUUCCGUGGGCGACGGAGUCGGCUUCUUCAUGGAGAACAUGAGGACUGCUGUGUUGCACAAUUUCGACACAGACGAGCAGCACAGACUGGCCACUGGGUUCGGGGAUCACAUGUUGGUGGAGUGUUGCUUCGGGCUGCCCUAUUUCGACCUGAGUGAGAGAGUUUAUUCAGAUAAGUAACACCUCGUUGCUGCGAUAUGGUGGAUGCUUUGAAGAGGAGGACGACGAUAUUAGCCUGAACUGUGAUCUCCUUGAUACGUACAUUCAGAUACAACUUAAAGGGACACUAAAGUGAAACAAUGAAUCUGCUUAGAUUGAUAAAUUGUACUCUGAACACUCUGAUGUUGUAAAUUUAACCAAGAUAUGUUUAUUAAUAGAAGAUAAAAUCGAGGUCGAAGUUUCAUUUUUAAAUUUUGCGCCGAAAUCUCCGUGCCUGAUGUCACGGAUUUCUAAGUGUGUGUCGUAUUUUGGCAACAUUUGACACAAUGCAAUUUUCUGAAACUUGAUUGAUGUCUAUGACCCUCUCAGAUGACAAUGUACUUCUUUUUACUGAUUAGGAACUAUGUAUGACCUAAUAGACGCCGUCAAAAUCUCUGACAUCACGGCGUUUGGUGCAGGAAAUUCACGUUGCCGCAUUUUCUUUCCGCGCAUUUUCUCUUACGAAGCAUCUUCUCGCGGCAAGAGCUGUGUUUUCGGUAUUGUGAAAUUGUAAUUUACUUAUGCGCGAGAAAUCGUUUUUUUCUUUAGUGUCCUUUUAAGAAGUUCAGGACGGCCUCGCCAAGACAACCGAAGCACGGCAAUGGAUCGCUUCCGCAACUAAACAAAUAGUCCCACUCAUGGACUAGGCAAUGUUCUCGGAAGGCCGGGUCACCGGCCGCCCGGCUCAUGACGUCAGUCCGGAGUGCGCGCCCAUUGGUGCAGGCUUGUGUGCAUUCGCCUUUGAGGAGGAAAUGCUGCAGACUUCUAAAGUUGUAGCCGACUAUAGGCCUCACGCAUUCGUCAUUCACCAUCUCCCAUAAAUAAACGCAUCUCACCGUAACGAUAUUAGCGGAAGUGGCGGGAGUCCGGCCAGUUGGCGGCUGCAGCGUAAAUUCAGAUGGUGCUCUCCUGAUCGCUCAUCUUAGGUUCCACUUUGGUACCCAGUAACAAUUGCACCAUUGCAGUAAAAGUUUGAACAUUCUAGCGACAUGGACGUUCUGGGCAAAUAUUCGUUAUCGUCAUCACCGCAGUGUUCUGUGUAUUAAGUGUGUCUAUGUUUGUAUGUAUGGUAUUUGUACAUGUAUGCCGCGUAUGCUAUCUAGUUGCUGUAUUAAUGAAAUGCCCAAGUUGCUCAGACCCAGUUUUGUGCUCAUCUCCGAGUUAUCCAGAAUUUGGACACUUGCAGAAUACAGAUCAGAUGUUGUUGAAGUGCUGCUUUGGACUGUCGACAUGAAUGAUGGAGUUUGUCUGGACGAGUAAUGGUGCAUAUUAUUUUGAUAGUGCACUCCAGGUGAUGAUCUGCCAUAAUUGUCAUGUUGAUAUUCCGUGUAUGUGUAUAUAUGUUUGUGUGUGUUCGUGAAUGUAUGGUACUUGCGUAUGUAUGCCGCGUACACUGUGUAGGUGCUCUAUUAUUCAAAUGCCAGAGUUGCUCAAGCUGGGUUAAGUGUCAUCUCUGAAUAAUUCCUCAGGAUUUUCGACACCUGCUGCGUGCAAGCAACACUUAAUACACUUUUACUUUCCAGCAUACGCCUUUCAUUCUGAAUCUUAUUUCACAAUUAGCGAUUGCAAAAGAAUAUUCGCGCUUGCAACCUGAAAGUGAUGAGAUUUUUCUUCUGGUGUCGGCUCUCUACGGGCAGUGGCACCACCCCAGUGUCAUUACAAGCGCUACGUGGCAUGUUAGAGCUUUUAACGGUGCCAGAAAUUGUGGGACUAAUUGCACACACACACAUGGCUAGAACGCCGCCCAAAGAGUUAAACGCAACACUACACCUUUAUAAUGCUUUUGGUGCAAAUUGCCACUUUUUUAAACACAUAGCCACCAAUUCAGUUUGUGGACUAGGUGGAGCAUACGAUCAUUGAUGCCGAAAUUGCAAUUUAAGUAGCUAGUCAGUAGUGUCUUUCUCCUGAACAAUUAUGUGGAUUAAAAUAGUGCUGUCUCUUACAAUUUGUAGAUCAAUACAUCCAGUAUUUGAAUACACAAUUCUUUGCGAUUAACCCUUCGAGGGUCAAAGACAUACAUGUACGUCAUGCCUGUACGUUUAAAACGCGCACUUUUUUUCGAUCAUUUCUCUUGCUUGGCAUGUGAUGGUACACUGCGGGAAUAGGUGGAAUUUUUUCCUUGUGCCGAUGUCUCUCCGUUUUUUAUGCUUUACUACAGCGGUGUGCCGGCUAGUUUCGGUUUCGUCCUUCAGUCGGUUCCCGCUUGUUGCACUCGUAAAACUGAUGGCUUUUUAGUUUAGGAUCUCUCAAAGGGUGGCCAUUUUGUUAUUCUCUUGUUUAUUGCUCCCCGAGGUGCGAUUACGCCUGUUUCCUUGCAGGCACUGACUGACACAAACAAUGCCGCUGUGGUUGUGUUUCCUGUUUCAGGGUCUCACAAAAGUGGCUUCCGUCUCCUUGGCCAUAAGACCAAGGAGUAUUAUAGGUUUCGGACUUCUUCCCGUAUUCCGGAUGCGCUCACAACUACACAGUUUUCUACAGUGCGCUCACCCGCACAGUUUGCUUUUGCUAGGGAGGUGCGUGCUGGUUUCUCUGUCGCAAGUGAGUCUAGUGGCGAUUCCUCCGAAUCGCCGCUCGACUGCCAAAUCAGAAUCUGAUUCAGUAAAUGUCAGCUCGUUAUACAAGGAGUUACUUAUGAGUCAAGACUCAGACGUUGAUGAGUGAGCGACAUCUCAAAAGCAUGCGUGGCGAGGCGAUGCUGACUCUAUCAAAAGUGGCUUUUCUCCCCCCGUGUUUUCACUUAACGCCACUUUGUGCCCUGAUUUUUGAACUACACAGACGUUUAUUUCAAUGCAUAACUUUUCAACAGUCGUAUAGGUUCUUUUUUUAGAAUUUAUCUUGCUGUUCCUCACGAAAAAAACCAUUUGUAUGUAACAACACAAAUGAUGUUUUUGUCACUUUAUGGUCACCCCCAAAAAAAUUUUCACAAUUUUUUUCUUCAAUUGAUUCGUCUAAAGAGUUUAUUUCAGCAAUAAAAAAUACACAUUUUUGGGACGCAUUUUGCGAAAAAAAUCGACCCUCAAAGAGUUAAUAUGCAUACAGUAAUUGAAUCACAAAGUUGUGAUUCAAAUACUGGAUGUUAAAACUGUGAAAUUUGAUUCGGUUUACGUCUUCGGGCAUAUCACGAUUCGACACUGGUUUGCUUGCUACGGCCGAAGUCCGAAUCUGUGAUUUUCAGUCAUUGCUUGCUCACUUUUAUAUCGACUUUUCGUGAUAUUUUUAGGAUAAUUGCUUUUGUGAGCACACACUCUUUACUUUUUCAACUUUUGUAGAAAGAUGGUGCAGAGGAGGAAGCUAGUGGAGAGUACAGUGGAAGUGUAGGCCUGUCACGUCAUCAACGUUAUUAAGCGGAUACGCAUCACUACGUGUGGGUUGCUGUUAUUUCUUGAAUGAAACGUAUACAUUUGCUGCAUGUACGAGUUCUUAUCUGUGAGGGAAAGGCGCGAAGGUAAACCAAGGACACUUGAGAAGGCUUUGUCGAUUUGACGCAUUUACAAACACUUCUUUCAGACGCCACCAAUGAAGAAGUGUUUGUAAAUGCGUCAAAUCGAUACCACUUUAUUUCAAGGCAUUCGAUAUUCUAUUGCAACAAAAUAUGUUAAUUUAUGCGUGUUAUAGUGAUUACCUCUAAUUAAAUGGUUAUUAAAUGUCUAUUUAUUGUUAAGUCGUUUGUGUUAUGUAUUUGCUUUAAUAGAAUGGAAUCUCAAGCUAGAAACGUUGUGCAAACCUCUUUUCGGUUAUGUCCAUUUUGAGCAAAGAAAAAUUACACUUUUGACCAAGGCUCGUGGGAAGCUGUACGUCAAACGACUCGUCGAACAUGGUAGUGCCUUCAGCAAAGUGAUCGUGUGCAACAGUGCACUGUAAAAUGAAGUUAAAUUAAGACAAAUCUACAAUGCAGGAGGUUCAUUUCAUCCAAAUCUCAAUGUAUGUCGCUCUUUCUUAGCCCCUAGUUGAUACAAGCAGCAAAAACAAGUGGUGUACACAAUUGUGUACAUAGCGUCUGAAAGGGUUAAGAACCACACAACAAGUGAUGAAACAAAAAAAAUGAAAUGUGGAAGCCAACAUAACUAUGCCUUGUGAGAGGCAUGCAAAAUAAAUAAUGCAGUCACUCUAGUGGUCAGAAUGUGGAAGUUUACUUACUGACGUUUCAUUUCAGUAGUGCACAAGAACAAAAUGCAGUCAGGAAACAGUGCUGCCUACUACUUGCCUCCCAGUGGUGUCUUCACUACCCCCCCCCCUCCUCUCCUCCGUGUACGAGUACCUUGUGAGUGGGAUGGGUGGAAGGUGUGUUGGCAAACGCUCUUCUGCCCUGCUUAACUGUUGCUUGCAUUAAAAUGCCUGUACUGCCUGACUUUUACUUGGGACCAUACUUUAUAACGCUUUUGCUUCGACUCUAUUUUCACGUAGCAGCCAUCGCUGAGUGGCUAACCUUGGGCACUCAGAAAUGGCCAAGGGUUAACUAGCACACUGCUGUGCCAAAAAUGGCUAGUGCGACAGCUUGCUGACCAUCUCUAGCAAUAAAUUUUACGCGAAGGGUACAUUUCGUGUCCAGUAAUGUAGCGUGACCAUAUACGAAUGCAUAUGUUUCAGUGUGUUCUCGUGGUCAGAAGAAAUUAUCAGAUGUCUGCUAAUGUAUCCUGUGAGAUUUUUCAUGUACACCCAAACCUCGAUAUAACGAACACGGAUAUAACGAAUUAUCGGUUAUAACGAACUAAAUGAAGAAUAGUCUUGUCAGAGAGUGUUACCAAUAAACGUUUAUAACGAAUUUUCGGAUAUAACGAAGUUAUUUUCGGGGCAGAUGUGACUUUGUUAUAAUGAGGUUUGAGUGUAUAACCGUCCCCAGUGACAAGUUCCUUAUGACGCGUAUAUAUUCCAUAUCCCGUGAUAUAGUGUGGCUAUAUGUGAGCGCACAUUUUUCACAUACGUCCUUAUGUGAUCGUGGGAAAUCAUUAGAUGUGUGCUACAGGGGCGUAGCCAAGGGGGGGGGGUUGGGGGGGUUCAAACCCCCCCCGAAAUUUUUCAAUUUUGCUUGCGUAUAUAGGCACGCACACAUACAUACACACGCACGAACAUACAUAAAGUAUGGUUGAACCCCCCCCGAAAAAAAUUUCUGGCUACGCCCCUGGUGUGCUAAUCUAUUCUCUCAGAUUUUCCACAUCUGCCAAAAUAAUGACACAAGAAAAAUGAAAGAAAUUGCAGCGUAGUACUCUUCAUUUCUUCUAUUGUUUAAAGGACACAGAACUGUCAAUGUAUGGCUAGCCUUGCGGCCAGACAUUUCGUCGAAUAUAAUCUUUACAAUCUUUCAUAUUGAAGUACUGUCGUCGUACGUAGUAGCAGUUUCAUAACAGUGUGUCUCGUUACGUUAAAUUGGUUUUAAGCUCUGUGCAGCAAUCGCAGUUUAGAGGUGUUUUGGCAACUAUAUUAUUUACAGGAACACUAUAACACUCGCUUGUGUAUGUUGCUUUCUACAAAAUUUACUGAACAAAAAUUUCUCACAUUCUUCUUGUACAGAUGAGUUAUUAGCAAUAAAUGCUUCU